AUGGAUUUCUGGCGCGUACUCACACAUGAGGCGCCUAUGUUUGUCUGGCCCGUCAAAUUCUGUGUGGCCAUGACUACUGCCACAUACGUGCUCUCCAUCCUCACCAACAACGUAUCGCAGGUGGACAGAGUCUGGACGUUUCUCCCAACCAUAUAUACUGCAUACUAUGCUUUUCUGCCGCUUUGGCCAUCUGUUCCACCCACCCAUUUCUUUCCAUACACCCCUGACACAAUGCCCGCAUCUCUAAGGGAGACCUUCAGUCCACGAGCCUUGCUCAUGGCAAGUUUGGUGGUAACGUGGAUGUUCAGAUUAAGUUACAACACUUGGCGACGUGGUCUAUUCAGCUUAAAGGAUGAAGAUUAUCGCUGGGAAGUUCUGCGACAGAAAAUCUCGCCUUUUCUCUUCCAAGUAUUUAACCUCUUUUUUGUUGCAAUCACGCAGAAUAUAAUCUUAUUUCUCUUGGGCCUUCCAGCCGCCCGUGCAGUGGCUCAACCACAUACGCCCCUCUCAACUUCGGAUUAUAUUUUCGGAACGCUAGGAUUUCUCACUAUCCUCACAGAGUUUAUCUCGGAUAACCAGCAAUACUCUUUCCAAACCUUCAAACAUUCCGGUAUGCUGAACCCAAAUGAAUGGCCCGGCGCGAAAAUUCAAUGGACCAAACAUGAUGCUGAACGCGGAUUUGUGACCCGCGGUUUAUGGGCUUGGUCACGGCACCCAAAUUUCCUGUGCGAACAGAGUUUCUGGAUCAUAAUCACACUCAUCCCUCUCCUCUCGCCUGAUUCACCGAAGCUCGACUUUCCGCCGACUUCGUUCGCAUCACUCACACCCUUCCUCCCAUGUUUAGUUCUCUGCACUUUGUUCUUCUCUUCGACUAUUUUUACCGAGUCGAUCUCGAAGGCAAAGUACCCCGUUGCAUAUUCAGCUUACCAAGAGCGUGUGGCGAUGUUCUUGCCUUUGCUCACCCCCGUAUGGAGCCUGCUUCUGGACAUUCGGGGGAGAAAGGGGAGUGUCGAUUCGCUGGUCUACGGUACCGGGCUGAACUCCAAGGGCAAGGGCAAGGCUGAAUGA